AACCAAAAUUCCUGCUCCAAUGGCGGAUUUCACCACCCCUUAUACGCCAUCCUCUUCCUCCGACGACGAGCACCGGAGGACCUACCGUUUCUUCAACCCCUAUGAAUCCCUCCAGCAGUCUUCCGCCAUGCCCGUCCACCAGUUCCUCUACGACCUCCCCACCUCUCCGGAGCUCCUCUUCUCCGAGGAGGCCGCCCUCCAGGGCCGCACCUGGGGCCACAGACUCAGCUUAUACACCGGGACCGCCUACCUUGCCGGCGCCGCCCUUGGGGCUGCCCGGGGCUCCGCCGCCGGCCUUCGCGGCGCUGAGCCCGGCGAGUCCCUGAAGCUCCGGCUCAACCGCGUCCUCAACUCCUCCGGACAGGCCGGGCGGCGGCUGGGGAACUCCAUGGGGGUCCUGGGCCUCAUCUUCGCCGGGCUGGAGAGCGGGAUCAGCUCCUGGACGGGGAACGACGGGGUCCUGAGCACCGUGGCUGCGGCGGUGAGCACGGGGGCGGUGUACAAGGCCGCGGCGGGGCCGAGGUCGGCGGCCAUCGCUGGGGCGAUCGGAGGGCUGGCGGCGGGUUUCGCCGUCGUAGGGAAGCAGGCGGUCAAGAGAUACGUUCCCAUAUGAGGAGACUGGUUCUUAUGCUUUGGAUCUUGUUCGACUUUAGGGUUUAGGGUUUCUUUUUAAAUCGAUUUCUUUUUGAUUAGCUUGAUGUAGUUUUGUUUGUUGAUUUAUCGUCCCUGAGAAGAAGUAUGAAACAAUUUGUUUGUCACCUCUCGAAGAGCUAUAUAUCGGAUCGUAGUUGUGGUAGAAAUAUUGGAAUCAUAUAUUGGGUUUUAAUGUUACCUCCGUUCUUCAUUAGGAA